UUUAUUCCCCAUCCGUUCCACCAACCACUCGCUGCGCUUUGCUUUGUUUUGCUUUGCUUGGACUCGCCUACUUGGAUGCUUCCUUCGUGGCAUUGAGGUGUGGCUAAGACAAGAAACAGAAUUGAGACUUCAGUUCUCCCACCCAUGGAUAUCUUAGGGCAGAGUGGACUAGAUAGAAUAACCAACCUAAGGAUUUGAUAGGCCGGCCUGAAGUCAGGCCAAGGAAAACAUGAUCAAGUCAUGCUCCUGCCCGACGCGCCCACUGCAAGUUGCUAUUCACACAUAAAUUACCGGGCCAUUAGAGGCAAAUCACUAGACAAGACAAAGCCCAUAGAGUCAAGUACAAUAUGAUUAUAGUUAUUGAUGAUGUAGCCCCUCGGUGUAAGUUAUUAUAGUGUAAGAAAUCCGCUCAACAUGCGACAACGCCGUAGUUAUCAGGUUGCAAUGAAUCGGCCUCUCACUUUUGUGCGUGCAUGACUAACACUCAGUACUGACUACACUGAUGAUUGAGUGAGAGCUGAGAGGGGGAGAUAUCAGGCAAGGACCAGAGAUGGUGGGUCUCUCAAGUGCCGUGCUAUGGUGGGGAGAGUGGCAGCUGCGCAUCCUCGUGCUCAGCAGCCUCCUCGUUCAGUGGCUCCUCCUCUUCGCGUCCCUGCGUAAGCUCGCUAUCCCUUCCUGGUUCAGAUCCAUGAUAUGGCUUGCCUACAUAGGCAGCGACGCUCUGGCCAUAUACGCUCUUGCCGUCCUUUUCGGCCGUGAGAGGAGGCAAGAUUGUAACUCUGGGCAACGCAAUAGCGUUCUGGAAGUGGUGUGGGCACCAGUCCUCCUGAUGCACCUUGGCGGACAGGACGUCAUAACCGCCUACAACAUCGAAGAUAAUGAGCUAUGGACGCGGCAUGUCCUCACCGCCGUGUCGCAGAUCACCGUAGCCGUCUACGUGUUCUGCAAAUCAUGGCCAGGCGGCGACAAGAGGUUGUUGCAGGCCGCAAUCUUGUUCUUCAUCCCUGGGAUCCUCAAAUGCAUAGAGAAGCCCUGGGCUCUCAAGAGCGCCAGCAUAAACAGCCUAGUCAGCUUUUCCAGCCCCGCUCCAAGGAGGACCGCAAACAGAGAAGGCGAGAUCAGUUCGCUCGAAGACUACGUGCAAAAAGCAAGGGCUUUUGUCCAGGCUGACCCUUGUCAUCAAGCACAAGAAGGUGAUGCGGCGGACCUUGAGGCCAACAACCAUGUUCCUGAUCAAGCACAAGGAGAAGAUGAUGUGGUGGAUCUUGAGCCCGACCAUGGAUCUCAGACGCCAAGCACACAGACAAGUAGAGGCCAAGUUGAUGACUAUAAUGUGGACCUUGAGGUCUAUAAGCUAUUUGUGGACCUUGCAUCGCCCUAUCCUGAUUGACUUGGCAUCCUAAAAUCCUUUGGGUUGCUUCAUGAGAAACAAGCAUAUGUUUUGUUGCAAAAUAGGCUAUCCAACACGUUUAAUCUUUUAUACACGAAAAAGAAGAUGAUCGAGCUUUGUGAUGAAACGGGGGAACAACCAGCUAACGUACUGCCAUGGGCAGCCCUCGCCCUCUUCCACAAUAGUCACAGAGAAGCUUAUGAUGAUAACGACGUCAAGGUUACAUAUGUCUUGUUCUGCUGUACCGCAGUGUUGGAGUACUUCUGCAGGUUUUUCUCAACUAAUCAUAUUUCUUCAAAGGCUCAAAGGCAAGUCCAUUCGAGUUCUAGGACGCCUGACGGGGAUUGGGCAGUACAAUUCGUAAGAUGGGC